AUGGGCUCCGUCUCACUCACGUUUUCCACCCUGCCCGCGGGCGUCAAGGUGCAACCAACCCCUUUCCGUAUCAACGUUGCCGAGUCCGACCUCGCCCAGUUCCGGUCCCUCAUCCAGCAAGCCAUCAUUCCUCCAGAGCAGUUCUACAACCAGCACGCCAACGCUGCCACGGGCAAAUUUGGCAUCACACGCGACUGGCUGAUCCAGGCCCGGGACUACUGGCUCAACACGUAUGACUGGCGGGCCCAGGAAACUUUCAUCAACUCCUUCCCCCAAUAUAAGCAAACCGUCGUCGGCCCUACCUCCGGCCAGACCUUUGACCUACACUUUGCCGCCCUCUUCUCCCUCCGCGAGGAUGCCAUUCCCAUCAUCUUCAUGCACGGCUGGCCCGGCUCCUUCUUGGAGUUCGUCCCGAUGCUGGACAUCCUCCGCUCGCGGUACACUCCCGAAACCCUCCCUUACCACGUCAUCGUCCCUUCCAUCCCCGACUACGGCUUCUCCUCUCGUCCCAACGACUCGGCCCUUCAAGAAUUGAACAUGGAGUUUGCGGCGGAAGCCAUGAACGAGCUCAUGUUGUCGCUCGGCUUCGGCAGCACCGGCUACGUCGCCCAGGGCGGCGAUGUCGGGUACGCCCUCGCCCGCGCCAUGGCCAACAACCACGCGGCCUGCAAGACUUCGCACCUCAACAUGUUCAUGUUCACCCCGGACCAGUUCGCCGCGUGCCAGCAAGAGCCCCUGACGGAGCGCGAGGAGAAGCUCCUAACGGGCACCAAUGCGUGGAUCAAGCAAGGGUCGGCAUACGCCUAUGAGCACGGCACGCGCCCGUCCACCAUUGCCUUGACGCUCAGCACCAACCCCGUCGCCAUGCUCGCGUGGAUGGGCGAGAAGUUCAUCGAGUGGUCCGACAACAGAAAAGACGGCGGCUCUCGCCCGCUGUCGCUGGACACGAUCCUCGACGGCGUGUCGCUGUACUGGUUCAGUGGGUGCUUCCCGAGAACCAUGUGGAGCUAUCGCAGCCUGGUGCCGGCCAUUGGCGCGACGGCCGUCGUGCAGGAGAGCUUGAGCGUGCAAAAGCCGUUUGGGUACUCGGCGUUCCCGGUCGAGAUUGGUACCCUGCCGAGGACGUGGGGGAAGAAGUUGUUUGGGGACCGGUUGGCGUAUUACAAGGAGCAUGAGGUGGGUGGACACUUUGCGGCGCUGCAGGAGCCCGAGAACUUUUUGGAUGAUAUUGAGGAGUUUGUGAGGUUUAUCGCGCCCAAGGUGGGCUUGGCUAAGGGCGGGAAGAGUGCUUGAGAAAGAUGAAAGAUGGGAUGGAAUCAAAUAAUUAUGUCUACCUGUUUACCUGUAGCAAUGUUGUACACGAAAGAGAUGGAUGGGUUUU